AUUUUAACAGAAAAAAAACAUGUAAAGCUGCACUCAGCCCUCGCUGCAUCAUUGUGAAAGGUAAACAAGCCGCUGAUGUUGGAAUUUACGUCCACUAUGGAGAUCCUUAGUUAUCUCUUAAUUUGUGGUUUAUACCUUCCAAACGGCGUAUUAGGGUUGACGGAGGUUAACGAGCAAUCACUCUUUAAACGUCCUAAAAUUGACAAUAUCGGUCCCAAAAUCUGGAAUUGUCCAGAAAAUAUUACAGUAAAGGCAGACGAAGGGAGGUUAACAACAACCGUUUUCUGGAAAAAGCCGUAUGCAAAUGAUACUAAGGAUGGAAAUGUCAAGGUUCAUAAAAAAGGAAACAAGAAUCCAGGAGAUACCUUUCAAGGUCACACCAGAAUAGAUUACUACGCACAUGAUUCUGAUGGAAACAUGGGAACGUGCUCCUUUACCAUAGAUGUAACAGCCACUCGGUGCCCCAGUCCUGUUCUGGGUCAUGGCGUAAUUAGAGUUUGUACAGAUUACGAUGGAAGAUAUGGAAGCAAGUGUGAAUUUGAAUGUUAUGAUGGAUAUUAUCUCGUCGGUAAACCUAAGACAGUGUGCCAGAACAGUGGGACCUGGGAUUCCGACCCUCCAAUAUGUAAAGGUGAUUUCUCCAUUCUUCAGAAUAAAUCAAUAUCUUAUAAUCUUCUAUUUAACCUGAUUAUACCUGAAAUUUUACCUUAAAUUCAUGGGAUCGAUAUAUAAAUAA